UCAUUCACAUCAAACGGUUCGCGAUUCACGACUUUGCUUUUCUUUAACGAAAUGUUCAAAUUGUACGGCUGUUUGCUAGGCCUUCUCCUAGCCACUACUCAACAGAGCACUGUUGUUUCUGCGGAACUAUGUCAGUAUCCAAAGGUGUGCGUGCCACGAAUGUUAUGCGUUAACAACCAAACCGUAACGACAGACGCACAAGGCGUCAUCGGUUUUCGGAGAGUGCCACCGGCUGUUGAAUGUGAGCCCUUACAGAAAUGUUGCUUACUGAAGAAUGUGCCACCGAUCGUGACGGAGAACCACGAGCCCGGACUCUGCGGCAUGCGCAAUCCGAAUGGGGUAAGAGAAACACCUGUGAAAGCUCAGCACGACGAGUCGAAGUUUGGUGAAUUCAAUUGGGUGGUGUCCGUACUGACGUCCAGUUACUGCAAAAGCAAAGCUCAGAUAUGUGGGUAUACAAGUGUGGGCAGUGGAAGCCUGCUUACUCCCAGAGUGGUGCUGACUGCAGCUCACAUCUUAAAUCAUAGAACUGCCAGCGAACUGCAAGUGCGGGCGGGAGAAUGGGAUAACCAAAACGAGUUUGAAGAACUGCCAUAUCAGAACCAAACUGUGUUAAGUUUAAUCACUCAUGAGGAUUUCAAUCACCUAAACGGUUACUAUGACAUAUCCAUACUGAUUCUGCGCUCACCAUUUCAACUAAAUGACCAUAUUGGCACCAUUUGCUUGCCCAGCCCUCAAGCCAACUUCGAAUUGAGUAGAUGCACCGUCACGGGUUGGGGCAAACGUAAAAUAAGUGAUUUAAGUUAUCCAAACAUCAUGAAGAAGAUCGAAAUGCCAUUCGUGGACAGGGACAAGUGCCAACAGCAGCUGCGUGAUAAUACUCGUGUGGGACAAUAUUUUGAGCUGCACGAAAGCUUUGUGUGUGCCGGCGGCGAGAAGGACAAGGAUGCCUGCUUUGGCGAUGGCGGCUCCCCCCUUGUCUGUCCCAUAGCCAAUUACAACGAUCGCUAUCAGCUGGUCGGCUUGGUGUCUUGGGGCUUGCACUGUGGCACAGAGAAUGUGCCCGGUGUUUAUACGAAUGUUCCAAUGAUGGUACCCUGGAUUAAACAGCAGCUCAAUCUGCGUUCAAUAACAAUCUGA